AUGCCAAUGUCUUUUGCCAAACCCAGCCACCUGACCUAUGAACGGCAUUUCGAGCGUGAAUGCACGCUCUUCCAGCAAGCUCUAGAAAGGGAGGCUUACUCACUCCAUAAUGUGGAAGAUCGCCGCGCAGGUACCAUUCAAGUGAUUUGUGAUCUGAUCGUUCAGCUGGAGAUCCUCGGACAUGUCGCAGAGACCAUGACUAGGAAGUCCCCCAUGUGUCCCACUGUUCUGAUUAGCCCGCCUGGGUAUUUCGUUGGUGAAUUCCAACGGUUUUGUCGCGCGAAGAUUCUGCCAGCUUUGGUUAGGUCACUGACUUGCCUUAGAGAGUCGACCACUAUCUAUCGUGAUAUAAACUACACAGUUGCUGGUCAGUUGGAGGCGAUUCAUGAUGAUUUGGCUUUUAUCUUGGAUUGUCGCGAGUAG